CAACAAUUUUGCUCAAACUUAGGUAUUUUGGAAAAAUUUAAUAGGGAUGCAUUUAUUUUGAGCAACUUUUUUAGAAAGUUGUGUACUGGGAAAACAUCCAAACAACUAGUAGGGAACCAGAGUGCAAAACCGGGGAGGAAGAAGAAGGUUGUUUAGCUAAGCUCAACAACCCUAACCUGGCGCGAGCGAGGGAUUUCUGGAAGAAGCGUUUAAGACCAAAAGGUCUAAAAGCGAAAAUAGUGGAGACUGUAGAGUAGCCGAUCUUGGAGCAGGAGCUUAUUGAUUUUGGAUCUGUAGCCGAUCGAAAACUUAACGCCGGACAACCGGCAGUGCUCUGGGCUACCGGACGGCGGUCGGUGAGAAACGCUUCGUUCUCCUUAUUCCUUUGCUCCUUUCGCAACAAAAUUGGUUGUUAAUCGUAGAUUGACGAAUUACACAGAAUCUCAUUGCUUUGAUCCGAUAUUUGAGUUGAGGCUACCCUAGUCCGGCGAUGGCAGACUUACCAGGUUACGUGCGUUCUUGCUUGCAAACUGGUCACCUUGCUAUGCUAGCUAUUCUCGUUUCGGGGGGAAUUGUGCUCCAAGUCCUGGCCUGUGCUUUGUACAAUAAUUGGUGGCCAAUGCUUACUGGGCCGACACAACCAGCGUUCUAUUAUAACCUCGUACGUUCUUGGCUUCUUGCAGUUGUGAUGUAUGUGCUUCUUCCAAUGCCCUUGUUGUUCUUUGCUGGCUCGGAAUCUGUCUUUCAAGAAUCUGAUAGCAGCUGGAUGAAUGCCAGCAAGUUUUUCACUGGAGCAUCUACUGUUGGAAGUAUUGCCAUACCGGCAAUCUUAAAGCAUGCUGGCAUUAUUGGGUGGGGAGCACUGGCAAUGGAACUGUCAUCAUUUUUCAUAUUUGUGAUAGCCAUAAUGUGCUACAUUAGCAUAUAUGAUGAAGAUGGCUAUAGUUGUAUGCUUUAACUUGAUUGGCGUGCAGAAAGUGCUGAUUCGAUGCCUAUUAAGACUCCGUCGUUCUUGUUAAGGUGUGCCUAUAUUGUUUCUGCUCUUUUUCAGUUUGUGGAGUUGCAUAUUCUUCUUUUUUUUUUUUCCGGUAAUUAUCGAAACUUUUAUUCA